AUGGCUAGCAGAAAGGUCGUACGAGAUUGGGUGAGUAUUCGUCCUUAUUGUGUAUUUAAUGAAUUCUCCAAACAGGUUAGAGGCGAAGUCUACAGAAAUCAAGAAUUCCAACAGUCUAUCAAGCAACUGAAGGAGAAAGCUGAGAAGUUGAAAGGGGUGAAAGAAGAUUUUAAAACAAGAAUGAAGCAGACAACUGGGACGCUUUACAAACACGUGGAUGGUAUUUGGACGGAGACUGAAGCUACGACAAAAAAGGUCAAAGAUAGCUUUGGAGUGGGGAAGCAAGAAGUUCGAGGAUCAAUCGGUUACUCAAACACUUCUAGUUCAAAUGCCAAUGGGAGUAGUGAGUCUGCAUCUGCAAAAAAUCAACAGGAACAACAAUCUGGUUCCAGUGAUAGUGCGGAAACAGUUUUUACCAAGGUUAAAUCUGCUGCUUCAUCGAAAGUCUCACCGUUCUUUCAGAAAAUAAAAGAAGCAAAGCCUGUUGACUUUGCAAAUAGGGGCUACGACAUCAUAUUGGACGAGUUGAAAGGUACUCCUCCUGGUACAAGAAAGCACCCAGAGUAUUCUGCGCCCAUACAAGAAACUUCAUCAAACUUUGAGAGGAGCACAAGAACUGAUGUUGUCUUACCAUCAAAGCUUCUUCCCCAUGUGUUUAUUUUAUAG